GAAGAAUUUUGCCUGGGUUCCACCUUAACUACCACUCGCGGGUAGGGCUGCUGUCUAGGGUGGGACUAGGCAAAUGUUACCCUAUGAGGUAGGGAAACGAGACCGGGCUGUGAGUUAAGGAUAGGUUACCCCUGUAGGGGGCGUGGCUUGAGGAUCCUCGCUUUCCCGCCGACGGUUGGCCACGUCACGUGACAUGGGCUGGAAGAUGGCGUCUCCCACAGACGGGACGGAUUUGGAAGCAUCAUUGCUAAGUUUUGAGAAACUUGACCGUGCCUCGCCAGAUCUUUGGCCCGAACAGUUACCAGGUGUUGCUGAAUUUGCAGCUUCUUUCAAAAGUCCCAUCACAAGCUCUCCACCGACAUGGAUGGCUGAAAUAGAACGGGAUGACAUUGAUAUGUUGAAAGAACUGGGGAGUCUCACCACAGCUAAUCUGAUGGAGAAGGUACGAGGCCUACAGAACCUGGCCUACCAGCUGGGGCUGGAUGAGUGCAAAGACAAGCCAUCUGAAGCCAGAGAGAUGACAAGGGGAAAAUUCUUGAACAUUCUAGAAAAGCCCAAGAAGUAGCAACUGCUCAUGGACUGGUGUUCUGAAGACUGUAACCAAGUUCCCUUCCAAACGCGACUCUGAUGCCCACCACGUGCUUCCUUGGGAAAGCCUGGAGACUGAGCUUCAGCACUGCCCUUCUCCCCUGCCCCUGGCACCCUGCGCCUCUGAGGACAUUUGGUAGCAAGAGGAGAGUCUGUUCUACCCAAGGAUCAUUGCCGUUCACUGAGUCAGCUUCGUUGCUCUGGAUAUUGCUAACACAGAGCGCCUGUCAUUCUGAAAGGUGGUUUCCAGGAGCCCCAGGAUCAUAUAGUUCCUUUGAUUCUGUAAUGGCAAAGACAGUUGAAUGGGUUCUGUUGAGUUGUACUUGAUCUCUUAAGCAUUCAUGAUGAGGAUAUCGAGACCAACUAUGUUCUGGACCAGACUGUGCACCCUGACCUGUGAAUUCUCCAAGAUCUAUGGGUUCUGUGACUUCCACUCUGGAGGAGUGCACAUCUGCCUUUUCAAGGCUGUACCUCCAAUGACACUCCCACCCUCAGCACUGUCUGGUCCCUACGUCCCAGUCCCAUUGGCGGUUCUGACUCCAGAUAAGAGGAACUCUUGCAGUGACUUUACUGGGAUUAGCUGUAGAGUGAAUGGCUCAUGCUGUGUCACUUUGAGUCCUAGACCUCCAAGACCAGUAAGAAGGUAACAGAAGGAACUCUGGGUAGUCUGUUACAUUUGUAAGUAAAAAAGUGGGAGGGCAUGGUUGUGAGAGUCCCCAUGUGACUGAAAACUGGAAGCCUGACUGACUGGUGUGCUAGCAAAUGGUAGUGGCAUUUGUCCCCCCCUCCCCCUCUCAGCCAUCUAUCAGAUGCUUUGCUUAUAUGAUAAGAACGCACCCCGUGAAAGUGUCCUGGCUUAAAUACAACUCUCACAGAUUUUUCUUUCUUUCUUUCUUUUUUUUUUUUUUUUAUAAGUCUGCUAAAAUCUGAAAAUCUUGCCCAUGGGUAAAAAUCAAUUAGACCUAGUCUCUCACGUUUUGAAGAGUACAGCAAGUUCUUUGAACUUUGUAGAAAGAAAAGCCCUGAGGCCAUCGUCCACUGGGAGUGUGGACACAGGAAAAAUUGUGGUCAUGUUGUGGUCUUGUAUCUGUUAGGGCACAGUACUCUUAGGGUCCACAGCAGGUCCCUUGACUGUUUUUGACAUUUGUGCUUAAUGCUAGAAUUGAUGUUGGAUUUUCCCCCUCAUUGAUGGUUUUGAUCAACACAAUUUUACUUUUUGAAAGGAAAAGGCAAUGAAAUAUAUACCACAAAUAUGAGUGUGAGAAGAGAUGUAUUCUGCUGGGGUACUCCCUACAAGGGCCAGGUGAUUUUAAGCUUAAUUCUAUAAUUGACAUUUUUAAUCUCACUGAAUGCAGUUAAGUGAGUGUGUACAAGUGAGGGGAAAUAAUGCCAUAAUGUCAAUUUUUUUCUUCACUCUGUUUUUGAGAGUUGAUGACAUCGGGCACUUUUCAGAGUUUGGGGAAAUUGAAAAGUAUGUGGAGAAUACUGGGCUAACGCCCCAAACUAACGCAAGUCUGUAAUAGGAAGCCAGGAGUUGGUGUUUUGAUCUGCUAUGGCCUCCUUCUCCUAUCACCCUACUCACCAGCACUUAAUUAAUGUAAGUAGAUGUUUUAGACUCGUGGUAUUUAUUGUUUUUGUAUUGUAAUCCUUAGAAAUGUUAAUGGUGUAUUUUUAUAUUGAUAAUAUAAACUUAAUGUAUAGUAUGUAUAUGUAUUUUAGAAUGUUAGAGAAUACUUUGUGUAUAAUGUUGUGUCUUCAUAAUAAAUAUGUCCCUUGUAUAGGA